AUGGGAGACGCUAAUAAAGAGAACGAUGCCUAUGAGGAGGAGCUUUUGGAUUACGAGGAGGAAGAGGAAAAAGCCCCAGAUUCCGUCAACGCUAAAGUCAACGGAGAGUCCGUUAAGAAGGGAUAUGUAGGGAUUCACAGCUCUGGAUUCAGGGAUUUCUUGUUGAAGCCAGAACUCUUGAGGGCUAUUGUUGAUUCAGGGUUUGAACAUCCAUCAGAAGGCAAGAUACUCCAUCUGUUUUAUCUUCAACAUGAGUGCAUUCCUCAAGCAAUUCUUGGGAUGGAUGUAAUUUGCCAAGCCAAGUCUGGUAUGGGGAAAACUGCUGUGUUUGUUCUUUCGACGUUGCAGCAGAUUGAACCCGUUUCAGGUCAAGUUGCGGCUCUUGUUCUAUGCCAUACUAGGGAACUGGCUUAUCAGAUAUGUCACGAAUUCCAGCGAUUCAGCACUUAUCUUACUGAUGUCAAGGUUGCUGUUUUCUAUGGCGGUGUCAACAUCAAAAUCCAUAAAGAUCUUCUGAAGAAUGAAUGCCCACACAUUGUUGUGGGAACCCCAGGAAGGAUACUUGCUCUAGCUAGAGACAAGGAGCUUUCCUUAAGAAAUGUGAGACAUUUCAUUCUGGAUGAAUGUGACAAGAUGCUAGAGUCUCUUGAUAUGAGGAGAGACGUGCAGGAGAUUUUCAAAAUGACACCUCAUGACAAGCAGGUUAUGAUGUUUUCGGCUACGCUCAGCAAGGAGAUUCGACCCGUCUGCAAGAAAUUCAUGCAAGAUCCUAUGGAGAUAUACGUGGACGAUGAGGCAAAAUUGACCCUUCAUGGUCUUGUACAGCACUAUAUCAAAUUGAGUGAGCUGGAGAAAAAUCGCAAGCUGAAUGAUCUGCUUGAUGCAUUGGACUUCAACCAAGUUGUCAUCUUUGUCAAAAGUGUCAGUAGAGCUUCCGAGCUGAACAAGUUGCUUGUGGAGUGCAAUUUUCCAUCCAUUUGCAUUCACUCUGGAAUGUCCCAAGAAGAAAGAUUGACGCGGUACAAGGGGUUCAAGGAGGGGCAUAAGAGGAUUCUUGUGGCAACAGAUUUGGUUGGAAGAGGAAUUGACAUAGAACGAGUGAACAUCGUGAUUAACUAUGAUAUGCCAGAUUCUGCAGACACAUACCUGCACCGAGUGGGCAGAGCUGGGAGAUUCGGCACCAAAGGACUUGCCAUUACAUUUGUUUCUUCUGCUUCUGAUUCAGAUGUCCUCAAUCAGGUCCAGGAGAGGUUUGAAGUUGAUAUUAAAGAACUUCCCGAGCAGAUUGACACAUCUACAUACAGUAAGAUAUACUUGGGGCCUUUUCGUGUUUUAUAUACCCUUAGGAUAUCCUUCAAUAUCUUCAUCUGUUGGUAUAUGAUUGCCAUGAUUAGUGCCAUCUUAGAUUGGUCAUUGCUUGAAAGCAACAACUUGUCCCUACAAUCGGUGCAGCCACUGAUUGAACUGAGAUUUUGGGAGGGAGACGAAUUCGCCUUGACGGUGAACAACCGUGUGCCCGGCCGACGGUUCGACGACCGGCGACAAAGAGUUCCUUACCGGCGAGAAGGAGUCGCAGCUUUUGGGGACGAUUUUUUACGAGAAGAUGAUUUGGGCGAUUUAAGGCGGAGGAGCGACGGCGGUAGAUUGGGGAUGGCGGAGGAUUUGGGGAAGGGAGACCGACGGGCAAUUUGGGAAAGGGAGAUGGAGAGCGGAGGAGCAGCGGCUAGGGAUGUAGGGGCGGAGGAUUUGGAGACAGCGGCGGCUAGGGGUGUAGGGGCGGAGGAUUUGGAGAUAGCGGCGGAGGAUAUGGGGAAAGAUUUUUGGAAUGCGAAGGAGACAGGAAUUAGGAUUAUGUUAAUUACAAAAAUCAGUACCAUGAAGACGAAAUGUGCUUUCUAUAGGCCCAGCAGCACCCAUGACAACGAUAUUACUUACCCAUCAAAACUUAAAUCUAAAUCUAGAUCCAAUAGAAGAAAAGGUGUAAUAUCCAUCAAAACUUAA